UGCUCCUCCCACACUGCAAUUCAUCAUCAACAAAGCUCCUCUCACUGCAAUUCACCAAUAAAUGCUGGAAUAUUCCCAACAGACCAGCAUCAAAGCAUCAGGAAGAGCUGAAAUCUGCAAAGACUGAGUUUAUUAAAGGAGGACAGUGAGAACAUGAGUGAUCAAGAACCCAGCAGAAUGAAACACACUGAAGAUACUGAAGAACAAAGAGACCUGAUGGAAGAGAAUGGGGAGAGUGAAGAACUGAGUGAAGUGGAAGAGGAACAUCAUGUCAACCCUGGAGAAAAACCUUUGAGUCGCUCAAAGACUAAAAAGACAUCUUUUAAAAAAAGAAGAGCCAAGAAAUGUACAACCUGCACUCAGUGUGGAAAGAGUUUGCCAUUCAAUUAUCUUGAUGUGCACAUGAGAAUCCACACCGGAGAGAAGCCAUACACAUGUGACCAGUGCGGGAAGAGUUUCACAUACAAACAACUCCUUGAUUUUCACAUGAGAACCCACACUGGAGAAAAGCCAUUCACUUGUGAUCAGUGCGGGAAAAGUUUCACGCAAUUAGCACACCUUAAGAGUCACAUGAGGAUCCACACUGGAGAGAAGACAUACACAUGCGAUAAGUGCGGGAAGAGUUUCACAAACAAACAACUCCUUAAUGUUCACAUGAGAAUCCACACUGGAGAGAAGCUGUUCACAUGUGAUCAUUGUUGGAAAAGUUUCACACAAUAUGCACAUCUUAAAGGACACAUGAGAAUCCACACUGGAGAGAAGCCUUUCAUGUGUGGUCAGUGUGAAAAGAGAUUCACAUACAAAGGACAUUUAACAGUACAUCAGAAAAUUCAUACUGGUUUGAAAGAUUAUAUGUGCUUUGAGUGUGAGAAAACUUUUACUCAUGCAAGCUGUUUAAAACAGCACCAGAGAAUUCACACUGGAGAAAAACCUUACAAGUGUUCAUACUGUGACAAGAGAUUCUGUCAGUCGGCCAGUCUGAAAACACAUGAGAAGAUCCACACUGGAGAAAAACCUUACAAGUGUCCAUACUGUGACAAGAGAUUCAGUCAGUCAGUACAUCUGAAAACACAUGAGAGGAUCCACACCGGAGAAAAACCUUACAAGUGUUCAUACUGUGACAAGAGAUUCAGUCAGUCAGUACAUCUGAAAACACAUGAGAGGAGCCACACCGGAGAAAAACCCUACAAGUGUUCAUACUGUGACAAGAGAUUCAGUGUGUCAGCCAAUCUGAAAACACAUGAGAGAAUUCACAGCAGAGAGAAGCCACACACACGUGAAAAGAAUUUCACACAAAAAACACCUCUUAGGGGACACAUGAGGAUCCACACUGGAGCAAAGCUAUUUACUUGUGAUCAAUGUGGAAAUACUUUCACACAACUUCAAGACACUUGA